UUUCAUAGUAAGUGUAGUUUUCGAAGAAUCUGGAGCAGCAAGUGAUUGCAUUAUUAAUGACAAGAAUAGUUAGUGUAGGAUCUCCGAGUGGGCAUUUGGUUUCGUGUUACGAAUAAUAUAUUUUUAAUUCAAAGAAAUGUCUGCCACAUUUGAAGCAAAUCCAGAUAGCGACAACGAACCAUGGAUUGAACGGCCUGCAAUCGAAGGCAGCGUCAAAUUUAGAAUAUGGCACUUGAUGUUUUUUAGCGUAUGUGCUUUUGGAGUUGUGAUGGUUCUUUUUUGCUGCUGCAUAAAAAUACGAGUGCCAAGGACUAAGCAGGAAAUCGAAGCUGAUUACAAAAGAAAGAAAAUUGCAACCAAAUUUAGGAAAAGACUAAAGAUAAUUAGUAAUCAGGAUAUGGAACAAGUGGAUUUGCGAAAAGCCCUAGAAAUAAUAAUAGAGGCAGAUUACAAGCAAGAACCGCCGAUUUAUGAUGUACCAGCAAACGACAAUGAUCCAUUGGUUCCUGUUGCUCCUAAGGAGACGUUUGGACAAAAAGUUGCUAACGUUAUGCUCAUCGGUAAAUGGCGUACCUCUAGUAAAAAUAAGGACAUACUGGUCUAA